AUGUACACCGCGAAUAAUCCCCUCUCGCAAUCGCUUGCAUCGCGCCAACCCCAUUAUUCCGCCGUGAGAAAGUCGGGCUCCUUCUCCGGACCCCCCAGAAUUCGGACGCCGAUCCUGAACGAUGCGAUCAUCCAUUCGGGCCCGGGCUCCACCAGUGCCGGCACGGGGGCAGAGGGAUUAGGGGAAGAGGACCCCCGGUAUGCGCAGUUCCGGGACCGAUAUGCGCAAUCCGAAGCGCGUUUGUUCGCACUGUGUCGCGGCGAGACGGUCGUGUCGAAAAAGCGAAGUGCGGACGAAAUGGAGGGAAGUUUACCGAAUGGACAGAAUGGACAUGCGGAGGCAUCAUCAAGACCCGCGAAGAAGGCCGCACGGACAAUUGAUGAGGACGACUAUGGAGACGACGAGGAGGACGAAGAGGGCGAGUCAAUCAAGAAAUCCCCCUUAUCGCCGCUGCAUACGAAAGGGAAACUGCCCAACAACGUCUUCCACGGGUUCGGUUCGCCAAUGGUUCGAGUUGCGUCAUCGUCGAGUGCGGCUGCGGAGCAGGCUGUGCAAGAUCAGAGCAAGCUACAAGAUGAACUACGCAAGCGGUUAGAGCAAGAUAAGAAGAAGGCGGAGGAGGCGGCGAAGCGGAGUUGUUUCACUUUAUACUACACCCUGGAAACCGACCGAGAUGCGAUGCUGGAACAACAGAAGCUGGAUGAGCUGGAUCGGCAGAUCGAGAAAGAGAUGUCGGGACAGCAGGCGGGAGCUGGCGCAUCCGGAGACAAUGCCGCGCACCAAGGCGGGUCCUUGAGUAGCUCAAACCUGGGCGCUUCUAGUUUGACCCUGAAGCAUCUCAUCAAAAGGAUCGAUGCCAAGCGGGGGAUCGUCCGAGCAAACGACGCCCAACUGCGAACCCUCAUCAACGAAGUGCGGAAAAACAGGAGUAAGUGGGCGAACGAGGAUAAGGUCGGCCAGGAAGAGCUAUACGAGGCGGCGGAGCGGGUCCUCAUCGAGCUCAAAGCACAGACCGAGCAUGCCGCCCCUUUCCUGCAGCGCGUGAAUAAGCGCGAUGCACCGGACUACUACAACAUCAUUAAAACUCCGAUGGACGUCGGGACGAUGUUGAAGAAGUUGAAGCAGCUUCAGUACAAGUCCAAGAAAGAGUUUGUGGAUGACCUGUACCUCAUCUGGUCCAACUGCUUGAAAUACAACCAAGAUCCGAACCACUUCCUGCGGAAGAAGGCCACCUACAUGCGCAAGCAGACCGAUAAUCUCGUCAGGCUCAUCCCGGACAUCACGAUCCGCGAUCGUGCCGAAGUCGAAGCUGAGGAGCGGCGGCAGCAGAACGGUGAUGUGGAUAUCGAUGGCGUUGAGGAUAGCGACGACGAGGAACCCAUCAUGGCGUCACGCGGCAGAAAAGCGCCCAGUAAAGGCAAAAAGGGAAGCACUGCUGCGCGAAAAGCCCCUCCAGGUGGAAGCGAAGAGACUCCAGCGACUGAGACCAAGCCAUCCGUUCCACCUACUCUAAAGAACGAAUUCCUUCGAGCAGAUUCCGAUGCACCAGUGGAGAACGGGUUCACCACGCCGCCUCCUGGGACACUGACCCCAUUAGGCCCCCAUGGCGUAACCGGUAGCCAGGUUGAUGGUUCCGAUGCCGACGGCGGGGCGAGCUCCUUCAACGAUGUGCAAACCGGUCAUAUCGAUGACGCUGACAUUGAUGAUGCCGAGUAUAAGACAUGGAAGCAAGUGACCAAGAAGGCGCGAGCCUUGGCUGCAGCCGAGAGGAACCGUCUUUUUCGCGGGAAUGAAAUUAACCCUGAGGAACCAGCGCUCCUCCGUAGCAGGGCCGGAAUGAGAAGGUGGCUGCGCGGUCGUAAGAUUGCAAGCCAAGAGGGUGAGCCGACCGAUCUCAGCGUGCAAGCGGAAGCAAAAGAGUCCACGCCGGGAAUGUCGGGCGAAACGCUCGCCGAAGGCAUCGAAGAGGAGGAAGAGCUCGCUCUCCCGGACUAUUACGACGUCGUUUCCGCAAUCCCGGAUCUCGACGAUCGACUAAAGUGGGAAGUUGACGCGGAUGGCCAAGUCGUUGACCAAGCUGAAGAAUGCCUUCGUGUUGUACCUCCGGGCACGUUUACCGCUCCCGAAAGCGCACUGACCAAGAAAAUGGAUGCCAAUAUGAAGCAGAUUCAAGACACUCGGAGGGUGUGCGCUAAGAUCGGCAUCGUGAAGCAGAUGCAACAACAGGCCCAGAUCUAUCAAAAUCAGUUCCAGAAAUAUGAUCCGAUUCCUUUCCGCGAGGCGGACAUCGGGACUCACGUUGUAUCUGAUGAUGGGCCGGUCAUGAGCCCCGAAGUAUGCCGUGCCGCCAUGCAACGGAGCGUCGCCAAGAUCUUCUUCCAUGCCGGAUUCGAAGAUUAUCAGCCCUCCGCGCUCGAUGCUGUGACCGAUCUAGCCGGGGACUAUUUCAAGAACCUCGUCAAAACCCUCAAUGUCUACAAAGAGACUCCUCAAGUCAAAGUCCCAGCACCUGCUGGAUCGGAAAGCGAACUGAUCGCUCAACCCCGGUUCACGGAUGAAGAAAUCCUUCUGCACACGUUGGAUGUAAAUGGCAUGGAUGUCGGUCAACUUGACACCUAUGCGAAGGACGAGAUGGAGCGGCUUGGUGUCAAAUUGGGAGUGAGCCACGAGCGAAUGAAGGCGCAUCUUGCGGAGCUUCUCCGUCCUGCAAUCGACCCCACGCAUGGACCCGACGGCGCAGGAGCCUUUAACGAUGGCAGUGAACAGUUCGUCGGUGGAGAUUUCGCCGAGGACAUCGGCGAAGACUUCUUCGGGUUUAAGGAGCUUGGACUCGAUCGCGAGUUCGGUCUCAGCACUCUUUCGGUUCCUUUGCAUCUUCUCAGCAGUCGUCUUCACCAGGGUUACCAGAGCCAAAACGCAACCACAACCCCAAUGACCGGCGAAACCUUACCCCAACCCGACGCCUUCAAGCCCAUCACCGCCGAAAAUAUCACCGACGAAAUCGGCCUCAUCCACGGCUUCUUCCAAGACAAGCUGCGCGCCAACGGCAACCAGUCGCUCAUCGAAGACGACGACCUACCCCCCAAGCAGCGCUUCCCCAAACCCCGACUGCCGCCCACGGGCAAGAUCACCAGUCCGCGGAAGCGCCCGAUCCGCGAGCAACAGCAGCUAGCGAAGAAAAAGCGCAAGCUCGAAGAAGGCAAGGACGAUGCCGGUGGGGGCGCGGGCGCGCAGCCGUCCACCAACGGGAUCACCAAGACGGCGAAUAAGGUGGCGGGCCGGAUGCAGUUGAAGAUGCCGGAGCCGAAGGAGCCGGCGGUGGACUCGGCGCACGAUGAUGGGAGUGUUAUGGGCAUGAUGAGCCCGGAGAGCAUGUGA